CCCCCGCAACAACGAUGCUUGCCAGCAUCGUCGGUGGGCUGCGGCCACGAACGGGGAACGAUACGGUCUGCGAUCUGCAGCUCGCCGCCCUGCUCGCUGGCCUGCAGGCGAAGGAGCUGUGGGCCCUGGAGUUUGGUGAUGCCUGGGGUAAGCUGCCGGCCGGUGUGCUGGCGGGUAACUUCUACGAGCUCGGCCACUACGAUCAGUGCGUGGGAUUGCGGCACGAGGUUAGCUCCUCCCCGGGCGGCGGCGGCGGCGCCAUCGAGGGUCGCUACUGUCUCCUCACCGUACCGCUCGACUCAAUCCUGCCAAAACCCCAGCACCACCACCAGCCCGAGCUCCAACAACAGCGCAUCAUGCCUGGUACGUCGGCCGGUGUCUGGGCGAUACACCUCGGUGCCUGCCUGCCCGCCACCUGUACCGCCGAUCACAUCCUCCAGCGGCUCAACACAAGCGUGGUGCCGGUGAGCGGUCUGGUGUGCAGCUCCACCGUACCACCCCUCGGUACCGCUCAGUUCCUCGCAAUUGGACUGUUUGCCACGAUCGGACUACUGGUGCUCGCCAGCACCGUUUACGAUGUGUUGGUGGUGCGCUGGUUAAUGCCGGCACCGGACCAUCAUCCCAUCCUCACCAUCUGCUCACUGUACACCAACGUACGCAAACUACUGGCCACGACCCCGGGGGUGGAACGUGACGCCAGCAAGAAGUCCAGCACGAUCGACUGCAUCCACGGUAUCCGGGUGCUCUCGAUGGUGUGGGUCGUGUUUAGCCACAAUUACGUCCGGAUCGGGAUGGUACCGCUGCUCAACUCACCGGUCAUACUGACCUGGUUACGUUCGUACCACAGUAUGGUGGUGGUUGCAUCGACCGUUUCGGUCGAUACGUUCUUCCUGCUGAGCGGGCUGCUCACCUGCUGGAGCAUCCUGAACGCGCUCGAUCGGUCCCCGGGUGGCCGGUUAAACUUACCGGUCAUGUACGCACACCGUUACCUCCGGUUGACCCCCGCGCUCGCUGCCCUCAUCCUCUACACGGCCACCCUGAUGCGGUACAGUGGUUCCGGACCGUUCUGGGACGGUGCGAUGACGUUGAUGGCCGAUAACUGUCGCACCUACUGGUGGUCGACGCUACUGUACAUCCAGAACUACGUUAACCCGACCGAACUGUGCCUCGGUCACUCGUGGUACCUAUCGGUCGAUAUGCAGCUCUACCUGUGCGCCCCGCUGCUGGUGUAUCCGUUGUGGCGUUGGGGUCACCGGGUGCUGCUACCACUCGGUGCCCUGCUGCUCACCUCGAUGCUUACCGUGUUCGUGCUGUUUCUGGUGUACGAUCUGCGGCUCUCGUUUCUGGCGGUCGAUGGUGAGCGGCUCCGGCACCGGUACACCUACUAUCCGACUCAUACGCGCGCCGGUGCCUGGUUGGUCGGGGUCGGUUACGGUUACGCCCUUCAGCGUACCCGGAAGAGGCACGUUCGGCUCGCACCGUGGCUCGUCUUUGUCGGUUGGCUGGUGGCGGCCGGCACGAUGGCCACCAUCCUGCUUACCGCUUACCCGCUCCACCAGCCCGAUUACGCGCAGCUACCGGUUGUGGUGGACGCGACGUACGAGGCACUGAAUCGGGUUGCUUGGGCCGCGGCCAUCGGUUGGAUUAUUUUCGCGUGCGUCAACGGGUACGGUGGGGUGGUUGAUCGGUUUCUCGGUGCACCCGGCUGGCAACCGUUCGGGCGGCUCUCGUACGCGAUCUAUCUGCUGCAUCUACCGAUCCAGCUGAUGAUGGCCGGGAGUAUACGGCAACCGUACUACUUUAGCGAUCUGCUCGCCACGUACCAGUUUUGGGGUGACCUCGGGUUUACCUGUACGCUGGCCCUGCUCUGGGUGCUCCUGUUCGAGUCGCCCAUCAUCGGGCUCGAGAGGAUACUGUUCCGAACCCGUGGUGGUGGUGGUGGUGAACGCGACCGCGCGACAACCGAUCGUGGUAAGUAAUUCCCUUUU